CCGAGUGGAAUAGGAUCCAGUUGACCAUUUCUUUAUCGCUUAAGAGGGAGUAUGCACGUAAGUGCAUUCAGAUAACCGUGAUAAUGUUCGUAAAAGUGACAAUAUUAGUCAAAGUUAUUGUAUUCCUCGUAUUUUUCGUUCAAUGUGAUUGUGCGCCAAAGAAAAAGUAUAGUGAAUUAAAAAAAUGUGAUAUUGGCCAAUUAGCUGACGAGAUAGCAUCGUAUGAUGCCGUUGUGAAGGACAUCAUGGAUUAUGUUUUCUCUGGACCAUUUAAGAAUCAAACUUAUGAUGAAUUGGCUAAAUUCGUGGACAAGUUUGGAGCCAGGCCGUCUGGUUCCGAUGUGUUGGAGCAGUCGAUUGAUUACAUGAUCAAACUGACGAGGGAUGAAGACAUCAAUGAUAUUGUUACAGAAGAAUUGGAGGUGCCAGAAUGGAUAAGGGGCGAAGAACAAAUAACAAUGCUUGAACCUCGAAAGAAGAACAUACAAUUACUAGGACUCGGCAAAAGUGUAAGCACUCCAGAGGAAGGUAUCACAGCUGAAGUAAUUGUUGUUUCCAAUUUUGAAGAGCUGGCUGCGACGCCCGAUAAUGUUGUUAAAGGAAAAAUUGUUCUUUUCGACCCUGUGUUUACAACAUAUAGUGAAACUGUUGUACACAGGUCACAAGGAGCAGCUAGAGCAGCGGAAAAAGGCGCGGUUGCAUCGUUAGUGCGAUCAAUAACACCCUUUUCAAUUAACUCACCGCACACGGGGUCACAAAGUUAUGAAGAAAAUAUCACUAAAAUUCCAACUGCUGCUAUCACACUCGAGGACUCCGAUUUAAUACGCAGAAUGUAUAACAGAGGAGAAAAGGUAGUGUUAAACAUAAAAAUGUUUUCAGAGCUAAAUAAUAAAACUUCAAGAAAUACUCUUAUAGAUUUGAAAGGCCGUGAGUUACCAGAAAAGCUUGUCAUAGUGUCGGGUCAUAUCGACAGCUGGGAUGUGGGCCAGGGAGCUAUGGAUGAUGGCGGUGGUAUGUUUAUUAGUUGGGCAGCACCUGUGAUUUUAAAACGCCUAAAUUUAAGACCUAAAAGAACCAUCAGGACUAUUUUCUGGACAGCUGAAGAACUAGGCUUGAUAGGAGCAAAGGCCUACGAAGAAAAACACAGAAAUGAAAGUCACAAUAUUAACUUCAUAAUGGAAUCUGAUGAAGGCACAUUCGCUCCUCUUGGUUUAGAAGUUGCUGGAAAUCAAGAAGCCCGAUGUAUUAUAGCUGAAAUUUUGAAGCUAUUUGAAUCAAUUAAUGCUUCCACUUUGGUAGAAGAUGACAGCCCUGGAUCAGACAUAGCAGUGAUCAUCAACACAGGAGUGCCUGGUGCAAGCCUUUACAAUGCUAACGAAAAGUAUUUCUGGUUCCAUCAUACAGAAGGGGAUACGAUGAAUGUAGAAGAUCCUAAAGAACUAGAUUUAGGAGCUGCCUUUUGGACCGCUGUUGCUUAUAUUAUAGCUGAUCUUUCAAUCGAUAUACCUCGUUAAAAUGUAGUUAUGUAGAAAAUAGUACGUUGUUUGUUUAUAUUUAAAAAAAGAAAACAACUGACAAUC